AUACAAUUGUGUAAACAAUACAACAAAUCAAUACAUAAUAAACACAUAAUAUAUUCUGAUCCACACAACAACAACAACAAAAAAUCAUCGGUAAAAGUGGUCACAAACUAUUAACCGAUAAACCAAAACCAAACCAACAAACAAACAAAAAAUGUCGGAAAAUAUCUUCCUAUUUGUUCCCAAUUUGAUUGGAUUCGCUCGUAUAGUCUUAGCCCUCGUAUCGUUCGCACUGAUGGUCGACCACUAUCUGUUGGCCACUUGUUUCUACGUAACGUCGGCAUUGUUGGACGCUUUUGACGGUAUGGCCGCCCGCCGAUAUAAUCAGUCGACACGAUUCGGUGCUAUGUUAGACCAACUGACCGACCGGUGCGCUACAAUGGCACUGAUCCAAGUAUUGACCGUAUUUUAUCCGAAAUACAUGUUUCUGUUUCAACUAUCGCUGAUCAUCGAUAUAUCCUGUCAUUGGAUUCAUCUGCAAACGAGUACAAUGUUGGGCAAGACGUCCCAUAAGACCAUAUCGUUGGACGAAAAUCCUGUAAUGCGUUUGUAUUACACCAAUCGAUCGGUACUGUUCUUCAUGUGUGCCGGCAAUGAGCUCUUCUAUUCCGCUCUGUAUUUCCUUCACUUCACUAGUGGACCAUUGAUUCCCUAUCUGAACAUUUCGAUUGUACCGCUACUGGUCUGGGUGUCGGCACCGAUAGCAUUGAUCAAAACAGGUAUCAGUCUAUUGCAUGGUGUUAUGGCUGCCAUGAAUUUGGCAAAUCUUGAUCUUAUUGAACGCCAAGAACAAGGAAUCAGUCCGAAGAAGGAUAACUAAUAUAUACAAACAAACAUAAAAAAAAUCUAAUCAUAUAUUUAUAUAUAAAC